AUGGCUCAAACAAAACAUAAAAUAAGGAACAAGAGGACCCGCCGGAAUGACAAAUUCUCUGAUCCUAACUAUGUUUCAAUUUUCGACACGACGCUUCGUGAUGGAGAGCAGGCUCCUGGUGCCUCCAUGAUGGCUACACAAAAGAUGGACAUUGCAUGUCAGCUCGUCAAGCUUGGUGUUGAUGUAUUUGAGGCUAGUUUUCCAGCUUCCUCUGAGAUUGAGUUUGAGCUUGUAAAGUGUAUAGCACAUGAAAUUGGUAAUAGCGUAGAUGAAGAGGGAUAUGUACCAAUGAUUUGUGGUAUGGCGAGAUCUACUAAGGAAGAUAUCGAUAGAGCUUGGGAGAGUUUUAAGUAUGCAAAGACACCGAUGAUUUGUACGUUUAUCGCGACAAGCGAUAUACAUAUGAAAUAUAAAUUGAAUAUGAGUAGAGAAGAAGUUGUGGAGAGAGCGAGAAUGAUCUGA